UAAGAAACACUUCAGUUGCCUGGAAGAGAGUAACGUGGUUUAGUCUUCGGUACAAACUUGUGGAGCAACGUGGUUUGAGCUGCGAUUGCUACCGUCGAAUUAACAUGUUGAGGCUACACAUAUGGUUGGUCUGCACUGCGCUGUACUUGUCGCAACAACAGUUUUUUGCUUUUGCUGCUGCCGGAGUUGUUGAUGCUGCAGAUGCUGCUGAUGCUGCUGAUGUUGUUGAUGCUGCUAAUACCAACGCUACUGCCACUACUGAGAUCUUCACUUUUGAAUCGGUUGAUUAUAAUUAUAAUAAGAAAAAUUUGGAAGGUUAUCAGCUUAAGGAGUUUCUCAAGCAUAUUGAAGAGCUUGUGCUGAAUACUACCGAUCGUGCUUUGCUGGUGACGCGAAAUGUUUAUUUAGAGCUGAGAAAAGAAAUGUCACUGCCUUUGCAACAUGCCACAAGCGCUAUGAUGCAACAGUACAUAAACGCUGUUAAUCAGGCACUUGAAGCUUCCGCAAAUUACACGGAAAAACGAAAACUAUUCCAAAUCUUUAGAAGCAACAAUCGACAUAUUGAACAAUUGCGCCAGCAUUUGGACCCACUACAGCCGACAUACCAGUUUCAGUUGAUAUCCAAUGACUUCUACAAUAGCGGAAUCAAUACAACGGAAUUUGAUAAUUUAUAUUUGGAAUUCAUGGGAGAAUUUCAGUGUGCUUCAGAGAAGUUAUGGUCUACACUGGAAGAGCAAACGGUUGAGCAACAAGAAGAGCUGUUAGAGAUACUCGAUGAGAUUUCCAAUGAGAAGCAAUUGAGAGAAAAGGACAAGUUGUAUGACGAAUUCAUUGAAAUGUAUUUAUUUAAAAAUAACACUGAUUUGAUUAUGGAAGGCAAAGACCUACUUUACUAGCAUAACUCUUUUCGUGAAAAAUAUUUAUUUUUUUUUAAAUUUUAAUUAAAUAUAUAUUGUAUUA